AUGUUCAACACGUCAGGCAUCGACCUCACUUUAAAUAAGAAAGAGGAUAGUUUUGUUGUUAUCAAUGGCUCUCUGCAGCUUUUGUACAGCGUCCUUGUCACGAUCAGUCCCACAGCCAUGUGGAACGAGUCGUGCGGGGAGCAGCUCCUUGAUUUCAGCCGGCCGGAGAAGAUCAUCAUCGGGGUGAUGCUGGCGAUCAUCACGGCGGUCACCGUGAUGGGAAACACUUUGGUGGUGAUAGCAGUUUGCGUUGUGAAGAAAUUAAGGCAGCCCUCUAACUAUCUUUUGGUAUCCCUGGCAGUGGCGGACCUCUCAGUGGCCAUAGUUGUCAUGCCGUUUGUGAUAGUAACAGACCUGACCGGAGGCAAGUGGCUGUUUGGAGAGGUGUUCUGCAACAUUUUCAUCGGAAUGGAUGUAAUGUGCUGCACGGCUUCCAUCAUGACCCUGUGUGUGAUUAGCGUUGACAGGUACCUGGGGAUCACACGGCCCCUCACCUACCCGGCACGGCAAAAUGGACAGCUAAUGGCCAAGAUGAUCCUGGGAGUAUGGCUGGUGUCAGCCUCCAUCACCCUACCACCUUUUUGCGGCUGGGCGAAGAACGUCCACACAGCCGGUGUGUGCCUCAUUAGCCAGGACUUUGGCUACACCAUUUACUCCACAGCCGUAGCCUUCUAUAUCCCCAUGCUGGUCAUGCUGGUCAUGUACUACAAGAUCUUUAAGGCGGCCCGUAAGAGUGGCGCCAAGCAUCGCUUCACCGACCUUGCACGUCGGGAGCGCCUGGAGACAGUGUCCAGCGAGGCACUGCGUAUGCAGGGCCUGAAGCCGCCGGGAGUGGCCGAGGAGUGUGCUGCCUUGUCACGUCUGCUGAGCCGGGAGCGCAGAAACAUCUCUAUCUUUAAGAGGGAGCAGAAAGCGGCCACCACAUUGGGGGUGAUUGUGGGAGUUUUUGCAGUCUGCUGGCUGCCAUUCUUCAUCUUGUCCACAGCCAGGCCCUUUAUCUGUGGAGUGGAGUGUAGCUGCGUGCCCAUCUGGCUGGAGCGCACUCUGCUUUGGCUGGGCUACGCCAAUUCUCUAAUGAACCCCUUCAUCUAUGCCUUCUUCAACCGAGACUUACGCUCCACUUACCGCGACCUCCUCCGCUGCCGAUAUCGCAACAUCAACCGCCGACUGUCUGCUGUGGGCGUGCACGAGGCUCUCAAGGCGUAA